AUGCAUUUCACUCCUGCCUUGGCUGCUACUAUCCUGGCCGUUGCUUCAACUGCCCUGGCUGCGCCCUACGAUGCCGGUAAUUCCACAGUCACCGCAACUGGCACCGGAACGGCCACACAGCCCAGCAGUACUACAAGCUCAACGACCACCAAGGCCACUACCGCGCCUAGUGGCCUUGCCGGUCUUUCAAAGACGCAGCGGAUCUUCCUCAGCGACACCCGCGUUGACGCCCUUAACAAUGUGCUUACCAGCAAUGAGGACUUCAAGUUCAACUUCGAGGAGGAGAAACAGAAGAACGGCGGUCCCAGCAAGGGUGGCAAGGUUGUCCCAGCCAACCGCAAGACUUUCCCUGCCCUGACCAACACCGGCAUUGGCGGAGCUGUGGCCUUCCUCGGACCUUGCGGUUUCAAUACACCCCACGUGCACCCACGUGCGACUGAGUUCGCUAUGGUCGUCGAGGGCACGAUUGUCUCCUCUAUGAUCCCCGAAAACAAUGUUGUGGACAAGGAUGACAAGCCGCGGGAGAUUCUGAACAAACUGUCUAAGUUUGAGUCCACAGUCUUCUACGCUGGAUCCGUUCACAGCCAAUUUAACCCCAACUGCGAGCCUGCCACCUUCUUUGCUGCCUUCAACUCCGAGGAUGCAGGCACUGGUCAGAUCGCCCAGGAACUCUUUGCUGCUUCAAACGCCGACGCUACUGCUGCCGUCUUUGGCAACAUGAUCGAUGGCGCUGAUAUUGACAAGCUAAAGAACUCCAUUUCCAAGAAUGUUGCCCUUGGUGUUGAGCAGUGCUUGCAGAAGUGUGGCAUUUCCAAGAGGAAGUAA